UUAAAAUUACAUUAUAAAAUAAUUUUAAUUAUGGAUACUGACAUUGAAGAGUACGAGCUGCAUGCAAGGAGCUACGAGGAUGAAUUUGAGAGGGAGUUUGCAGAUGAGAUGGAAAUGGCUGAAAGCAUGGAGCCUGGUUCCAAGACUGCUGCAUCCCGCAGCUCCGAUAGAUGCGAUGGAAUGUCACGACGUAACCUCUCCAUGACAAGUCCAUUCCAGUCAGGUGACAUGUCUCGGAAACGACCAAUGGACAGUGAAGAGCCAACACAAAACUCAAGCAAGCUUCCAAGACUAGAAGAUACAGCAGACACACCCCCACAAACUGAUAUUAAAACAUCUUCUCGAAAAGGACUCACCACACUCCCACCCUCCACCCAUUCCACACCCUCCACACUGGACGAGGACACCCCCUCCACACCCACACACACAUCCUUCAAACGCUCCCAAGAACCUAAAGACGACAAAUCGUACGCUAAAAUGGCUACUACUACUUUUCAAUCUGCCUACCAGCAACAACCUGAAGUCCACACACCCACUCAAGACAAAACUGGAAAAUAUCGACGACUACAUGUACUCUCUCGUGCUCCCGCUGGGCCGUAUAUGACCGUUACCGGUAGCAACGGGACUCGGGUAUACUUGAGGAUGGGUAAAGGACAGGGGUCAACUUUACAAAAGUCGUUUGUAACCUCCCAACUGUUGUCUGCCCCCGUAACAGAGUUGAUAGAGAGGGUGGAGGAAGAGAAAAGAGAGAAACUGAUAACAGACUCUAACCUUCUCCUUCAAGCACUGCAAGAGAAUAGAGAUGAUGAGGACUCGUCCCAGGAGCUGUUUGAGGGGGCGGAGUCUGGACACAUGCUCUGGGUGGACAAGUACUCCCCACACAACUACACGGACCUACUCAGUGAUGACGGAAUUAAUCGUACUUUGUUGUCAUGGUUACGUCUGUGGGACGAGGUGGUGUUCAAUCGUCCUGUUCCUCUCAAGACGACAGCGACGGCCACAAAGCACGGAGGAGGAGGCGUGGCUAGAGGGGGAGGGUCUGGAAGGGGUAAAGAGAUGUUCAGAGGGAAAUUCAAAAAUUUUGAGAAGAGAAUGGAAGUGCAGGACCCGUCAACCUUUGCUGGACAAGAAGCUUUGGAUGAUUCCAGGAGACCAAGAAUGAAGCUGGCCUUGUUGUGUGGUGCCCCAGGGCUGGGUAAGACCACGCUGGCUCAUGUGAUAGCCUCCCACGCUGGCUAUAACGUUGUGGAGAUGAAUGCCAGUGAUGAUCGUAGUCCUGACGUCUUCAAGCAGAGGAUCGAAGCAGCCACACAAAUGCAGGCUGUUCUCACGGACACCACCAAACCAAACUGUCUUAUCAUCGAUGAGAUUGAUGGAGCACCAACGGCUGCAAUUAAUGUACUCAUCGACUAUGUUACUAAGACAACCAAGGUGUCAGGUAAAAAGAAAGGAGAUGUCUCUAAUCUCUCCCGGCCCAUUGUCUGCAUCUGCAAUGACCAAUAUGCCCCCUCCCUGAGACAACUACGACAACACACUCUCCUCCUUAACUUCCCUCCCAUUGUGACCUCUCGUCUUGCAUCUAGACUGUAUCAGGUGACGAGGAGAGAGCAACUCACUGCUACCAUGUCAACACUCAUUGCUCUUUGUGAGAAGACCAUUAACGACAUUCGUUCCUGUCUCAACACCAUCCAGUUCAUUGGUCGAAAGAGCACGGACAUCAGUCUUGGUUCAGUGCAGACAGUCUCCAUUGGUCAGAAAGAUGCUCAGAGAAACCUCUUCUCUUUCUGGAAGGAAGUCUUUCAACUACCAACAUCUAAAAAACACACUCUCAACCAAGGGCCACUCCGGAUGAGUACAGCUGGUGGCAGUGGUAGCCAUGACAGCUCCACUGGACACCUGAGCACCAAUGCAGGGAGGUUCCACCACAUCCUCACAGCUGGCUAUGCCACGGGGGAGAGCGACAAGGUCGCCAAUGGACUGUUUGAGAACUAUCUGUUAGCGCGAGUGAGGGACCCUAAUCUGGAGGCAAUCUCAGUGGCGCAGGAUUGGCUCGUGUUCAACGACACUUUGUCCUCUCAUAUCGGCCGUUGUCAAGACUACAUGUUCAUGGCCUACCUUCCCUUCCUGGCCGUAGCCUUUCAUUUUCUCUUUGCAGCCUCCACUAAGACACACCUCAAAUACCCAAAUACUGGCUACGAGAUAUUUUUGCGUACCCAACGGAAUGAGCGCCUCACCUCGUCCCUACUGCUUGAGACCACACCCACUGUCCGCUGUUCCAUCAACCACACCCUCCUUGUCACCGAGAUCCUAUCACCCCUCGCCGAGAUCAUAGCUCCAUCAUUCCGUCCAGUGAGCACCCAGCUGUACUCGGCUCAGGAGAAGCAGCAGCUACUGGACCUCGUGGGAACCAUGAUCUCGUACAACCUCACCUACAGACAAGAAAGGGGCGUCGACGGACAGUACACAUACGUCCUGGACCCAAAUAUUGAAGAGUUGUGCCGGUUUCCAGGGUUACCACAGAGGAAGCAGCUCUCGUACAGUGCCAAACAGCUUAUCUCAAGGGAGGUUGACAUGGAGAAAAUGAGGAGAGCUGAGAAAUUGCUUAAUUCUAAGCAAAGGGGGCCCAGUGAUGAGCGGGUGAUUGACAAACCCCCCAUCCUCCAGCUGGCACAAACCAAACCAGCCACCAAGAAGAUAUCGGAAGAGAAGACUCCUGUGGACUUCUUUGGUAGGCCGCUGACACCGUCGUCGCGUGUCAAAGGUACCGCUGGGUGGAGGGCAUCAGGGGGCGGGGCUAAUCUCACCCACCCCCUCUGGUUCAAGUUCAACGAGGGAUACUCAAAUGCAGUGCGUCGGCCAAUUAAAAUAAAGACAUUGUUAUAAACUAUGUAUAUUAUGCACAUACGAAUUACGCACAUUCUUAACCAAACCUAUAAUUAUAUCUCGGUAAUUUUUGAUUGUUUUCACAAAAAGCUUUACUUAACUAUCCGUAUGCGAGUUGAAUACGUG